ACUCCUGCACUGUGGGUGGCAGUGCUGGUACCACUCCUCAAACACAUAAUAUAGACACGAAGAAGAACGCUUACCGGAAACGAUGUAUGGAUAACUUCCUCAUGCAAGACGAUCUGAUAUUAGAUCUGAAGCAACGCUGGAAUGGAUGGUUCACUACUCCAGGCAAAAGUUCCACGGGACCUUGUAAAGGUUCUUAGUGUUGAGUCACAGAGCAGCACGAAGGCCAAGGCCUCUACGGAAAGGUUUCUAAAAAACAGCCUUCGGCAUCACUCAAGGUAUGACCUGAGCGACAUGUUAUGCCACAAAGCCGUAGUCCUGAACUACACACGGCCUAAGAAGGAUAAACUGAAAGAACACAAGAAAGUCAAGGGCUUGAAUGCCCGGCAAAAGAGGGCAAUGAAAAUCUUUCAGAUCAAACAAAAGCAUCAGAGCUACGAGGUCUUCCUUCCUUUGCACGAACUCUGGAGACAGUAUAUCAUUGACCUUUGUGGUGGAUUGAAACCGACAAGCAACCUGCAGUUUGUGCAACAGAAAUUUCUGAAAGCAGAUUUCCAUGGUGCCAUAAUCACAGUUAUCUCCUCGACAUGUCCUUCGUAUGUGGGCACUACAGGAAUCGUAGUCCAAGAGUUCAAACAUGUCUUUAAACUCAUCACCAAGGAGAACAAAUUUAAAGUGAUUCCAAAAAGAAACUGUGUGUUUUCAGUGGAGAUCAACGGCUUUGUCUCUCACAUCAAUGGAUGUAUGUUCGAGCAGCGGGCUAGUGAGCGUGCAACCAAGAAGUUUAAAGUUCGCCGAGCUAUUGACCUGUGAAGGCACACACCAGGACUAACCUUUCCCAGGACUGGAGAAAAAGUUAUGUUUCUACUGUAUUCUUCGCACAGACUAUAAGUCUACAUUCUCUUGAAUGUGUUUACACAUACUGUCCAACCACUUUAGCAACACAUGAAGAUGGGCAGAAAAUAGUGAGUUGUUUUUGUUUUGUUUUUUCAAGCUUGUUUUUUAAUAAAUUAAUUUGAAUACCAGGACUGCAUAUAUUUUUUAAUAAAUGCAGUUGUGACAG